UAUUAUCUUUUGUACCAAAAACUUACAGUCUGGCUACUGAUGGUCAAUUGGUCCACGUAGAAGUAGUUAACUACAGAAAAAGAUAUGAUCCAGAUAAAUAUUAUGUGUAUAUUUUAAGAGUUUACAGAAAAGAUCAAAGGCAGCCGAUGGAAAUUCAAAGGACGUACAAAGAAUUUUGCGAGUUGCAUCAGAAAUUAUGUAUUUAUUUUCCUUUGGCCAAGUUACACAGUUUAUCAACAGGUUUACAUAUGGGUCGCUCAAACAUCAAACAGGUUGCUCAGAAACGCUUUCAUGAAAUCAGUCUUUUUGUGAAAUCUUUAUUCUUAUGUGCUCAUGAGAUCGCUCAUUCAGAUUUAGUCUACACAUUUUUCCAUCCGUUACUUAGGGAUCAACAAUAUUCGGAGGAGUAUUCAAAGAAAGUAAAAGACCGAACUGGAGAUUUCCACGAAUCAGGACGUCUCAAAGGCCAGUUAAAAUUAUCGUUACAAUACAGAAAAGGAGUAUUCUGUGUUAUGGUUCAACAUGCGAGAGGUUUGCCACGUCUAGCGAAUAGUCAAGAACCUUCAACGUAUGUCAAGGUGUACUUACAGCCAGAUGCACAGAAAAGUACUAAAAGAAAGACAAAAGUUGUCAAGAAAAAUUGUCAUCCAAGUUUUAUGGAGAUGCUGGAAUAUCGGAUGUCGUUAGAAAUAAUAAAAAUGAGAAGACUGCAGGCAACCGUCUGGAAUUACGAUGCCUUACAAGAAAACGAGUUUAUGGGUGGUGUAGAAUUAGAUCUGAGUUCUUUAGAUUUAACGGAAGAAAUCAGUGAAUGGUAUUCAUUGAUAAACCUAAGCAGAUAGCAGUUGUAUCCGGUGUAAAAAUACUAAGAUCGAUUUCAAUUACCAUCAUAUCAAAUAUGGAAUAAUUAUUUUUUAAAACUGUCGUCAUUGAAGCGGUUAUUU